AUGGCAGCAGAAACUUUUCAGGAUUUCAUUAACCAGGCUGAAGACCGUGAUGGUGUUCGAUUCAGUUGGAAUGUCUUGCCAUCCAGUCGAAUCGAGGCGAAUAGAAUGGUAAUUCCAAUUGGCUGUAUCUACCAACCGAUGAAGGAAAGAACUGAUUUGCCACCAUUGAUGUAUAAUCCUGUUCUUUGCUCUAGAAAUACUUGCCGUGCAGUUUUAAAUCCAAUGUGUCAAAUCGAUUUCAACGCGAAGCAAUGGGCUUGCAACUUUUGCAUGCAGCGUAAUAGUUUACCCCAUACGUACACUGGUAUUACACCGCAGCAUCUACCAGCUGAAUUGCUUCCGCAAUUUUCCACAAUUGAGUACACUUUAGAACGUGCACAAAGAACUCCGUUCGUCUACCUGUUCGUUGUUGAUACCUGUAUUGACGAUGAAGAUUUCCAGUCUUUGAAAGACUCUUUACAAACAUGUCUUAGUCUGUUACCACCCGAGUCUAUGGUUGGUCUGAUUACCUUUGGCAGAAUGAUUUACGUUCAUGAAUUAAAUUGUGAUGGUUGCACCAAAAGUUACGUUUUCCGCGGUGACAAGGAUCUAACUGCCAAACAGCUGCAGGAAAUGCUACAUUUAAAGCAAGCCUUUGGCAAGACUACUCCUCCUCAAGCGGCCAUACCCUCUCAGCAACCUAAUCGACCACCCCAACAACAGCCACAACAGUUCUCAUACGAGAAUAGGUUUGUACAAUCCUUAGAGCGAUGUGAUAUGGCAAUAACCGAACUACUGAGUCAGCUGCAGCAUGAUCCAUGGCCAGUGCAAACUGGGAAGAGACCAACGCGAUGCACUGGUGUCGCAAUAUCUGUCGCUAUAGGAAUGAUGGAGUGUUUGUAUCCUAAUAUGGGUGUACGAAUUAUGCUUUUCGUUGGCGGUGCAGCUACUUCAGGUCCAGGAAUGGUUGUUAGUAAUGAUCUCAAGGAGUGGAUCAGAUCUCACCACGAUAUUGAUAAAGAUAACGCAAAAUAUAUGAAGAAAGCUACAAAGUAUUACGAGGCACUUGGGCGACGAGCUGCUGAAAAUGGCCACACCAUUGAUUUAUAUGCAUAUGCAUUGGAUCAGUGUGGAUUACACGAAAUGAAGUAUCUUUGCAACUAUACUGGCGGGCACAUGUGCAUGGGAGAUUCUUUUUCAACUAGCUUAUUUAAGCAAUCGUUCAUUCACGUAUUCGAUACAGAUGAUCAAGGCUCCCUGAAAUUGGGAUAUAAUGCCAAGAUUGAGAUAAAGGUUACCAAAGAGCUUAAAAUAUCUGGUGCUAUCGGUUGUUGUGUAUCUGGCGAUGUUAAAUCUAGUAUUGUCGGAGAUAAUGAAAUCGGUAUUGGUGGUACCUCCGCAUGGAAAAUAUGUAGUAUUAACCCUUCAUCAGCAAUUGGUGUAUAUUUAGAUAUUGUAAAUCAGCAUUCCGCACCUGUAUCGCAAAAUGCACCAGCUUGUAUACAAUUUAUUACGCAAUAUCAGCACGCUUCUGGACUGAAGAAAGUUCGGGUUACGACUUUAGCUAGGCACUGGGCUGAUGCCACCAUUAAUAUGAAUUAUAUCACUGGAGCUUACGAUCAAGAAUGCGCUGCAGAUUUAAUAGCUAGAGUUGCUAUUAAUAGAGCUGAAAAUGAUGAAGGAGCUGAUGUAUUGCGUUGGCUGGAUCGAACUUUAAUUAGAGUGUGUCAAAAAUUCGGUCUUUAUAACAAAGACGAUCCAACUUCGUUUCAAUUACAAGAAAAUUUUACCCUUUAUCCACAAUUUAUGUUCCAUUUGCGGCGUUCACCUUUCCUUCAAGUUUUCAAUAACAGUCCAGACGAGACCGCUUAUUAUAGAAAUAAAUUAUUGAAAGAAAAUGUCAAUAACGGAGUUUUAAUGAUUCAGCCUGCUAUGUUUUCGUACAGUUUCAAUGGCCCACCAGAGCCUGUUUUAUUAGAUAGUAGCAGCAUUGCUCCUGAUCGAAUAUUACUGUUGGAUACCUUCUUUCACAUCAUAAUCUUUCAUGGUGAGACUAUUGCUACAUGGCGAAAACAAGGUUAUCAGGAUAAUCCAGAAUACGAAAGUUUUAAGAAUUUAUUAGCCGCGCCUAUUGAAGAUUCCAAAGAAUUAUUGAAGAGUCGAUUUCCUAUGCCCCGAUAUGUAGUUACUGAACAAGGUGGCAGUCAGGCACGCUUUUUGCUAUCGAAAGUUAACCCAUCACAAACGCACAACUCUUCAUAUGGCUACCAAGAAGGUGGUGGAUCCUCAAUUUUAACAGAUGAUGUUAGUUUGCAAGUUUUCAUGGAUCAUUUGAAGAAAUUGGCUGUAUCGAGCUCUUCUUAA